AAACCGCUCCACCAACAGAGUCCAGGGCUCCCCCAAAGUCGCCCCACUCCGUACCUCCACCCAAACCCAACUAACCCAAACCCAACCCCUGCUGGCUCGCUCGCUCGCCGCCGGCCGCCGCCCAGCGCCUCCGCCGACCCCCGCUCCCGCCGCACGCCGGCCCCAUGGCGGAUCCCUACCGCUCGUACCUCCCGUCCUCCUCUCACGACAGAGUUCCACUGGGCGGUUAUCCUGGGUACGUUCUACCUGAAGAAUCAUCCUAUUAUGCUUCAAAAAUGGCUGCUCUGCGAGGAGUACCAAAUGUACCUAGAGUUGAUGUACCACUACAGUCAAGAGCUUAUGGUUUGGAUGUUCCAGCAGGCGUGAGCCAUCCUGCUUAUGGUUUGGAUGUUCCAGCAGGCGUGAGCCAUCCUGCUUAUGGUUUGGAUGUUCCAGCAGGCGCGAGCCAUCCUGCUUAUGGUAUGGAUGUUCCAGCAGGCGUGAACCAUCCUGCUUUGGUUGGCUUGGGUGCACUGCCAGCUGGAGCUAGGCCGCGGGGACCUAGCCCUUUGGAAGACCCAGCUUUAGUCCAGAGAAGUUCUUCACUUGGCAAAAGUGUCAGUAUUCCGGAAGUUGAGCGCCCCAAACCUGUUUUGAUCGUCGAUCGGCCAUCAGAAGAUGAAUCCAACAUUCUUUUUGUUGAUGGUCUCCCAACUGAUUGCACCCGGAGAGAAGUAGCUCAUUUGUUCCGUCCUUUCGUUGGCUUCAAGGACCUCAGACUUGUGCACAAGGAGCCCAGACGUAGUGGUGACAAGGCUUAUGCUCUGUGCUUUGUGGAGUUCAGUGACGCAAAAUGUGCAGGGACUGCUAUGGAGGCUCUCCAAGAAUACCGCUUCGACGAGAGGAAGCUCGACGGCCCAUUCCUUAAGAUCCAGUUCGCAAGGUUCCCGUUCCGACCUCCGCCAGCCCAUGAAGAUCGGAAACGCCUUAGCGCUCGCUGAUCGCCGUCAUCUAUAUAUCUCCCCCCUUUGCCAGCAGUGUAUCGUAGGCAGUGGGCCAUUGUAGAUCAGCUAUGUUUGUUCAGCCUGUAGUAGCAACCUGUCACGGGCCUUUGUCAGCUGGAGAUUGGCUAGCUAGACAGACUUGCCUGGUACCCACCUGCCUGCCCUGGCACAUUCGCCGUGUUCCCGCGUCACAUUUUUCGCGGGUGGAUAUGCUAGAAAUGAUAUGACAUUCGCCGUGUUCCCGCGUCACAUUUUUCGCGGGUGGAUAUGCUGGAAAUGGUAUGCAUAAACUGUUCCUGUC